AUGUUCUUCUUCCGCUUCCUUGCUCUCGCCGUGGCGACGAAUGUUGCCCUUGUCAGUGCUGAGGGCAAACCCAGCGACACUUGCAACGUCAAUGCAUCCAUCUGGAGUCUAACUGGCUUCAAGGGCCGCCGCAAGGAAAUACCAGUUGAUUCCGAAUGCAAUCCUCUAGCUGAUCCAUUUGUUGCUUCUGUUGGUUCUGCCAAGUUACCACGAGGAACUCUAUGCCAGCUUUACACGGAUCCAAAUUGCGAAACUAGGAGUUCCAUCGUAUCAUCCCGCAGCACUGCAGACACCUUCAAAAACAAGGGCCGUCAAAUCAAGAGUAUCAAAUGCCUUUACAUCCCUGACGACCAAAGCGAGAACUCUGAGAAGGCAGAGGGCGAGAAUGACAACUAG